UGAAGAUGCACAGGUAGAAAUCCUGCCCAUGGAGGAAGCCGCACGCAUUCGUGUGAAUGGAAGGAUGAUAUACGUCGGAGACGAGUGCCCACUCUUACACAAUACCGUCAUUCGUAUCGGUGACCACGAGUAUAUCUAUCGCUUUUUGGGAGACUUGCAAGACGUUCCAUACCAUGUUGAUCGCUACAGCAUCGACGAUCACAAUGUUCUUCGCGGUGUUCAUGGUAAAGGAUUCGUUUUCAGUGCCACGCAUCUCACAACAGGUCAUGCUGUGGCCGUGAAGGUUCUAUCGAUGCCCACCAAGAAGAUGAAGCACGCACAGUCACAGCUAUUGAGAAUGGUCGAAGAAUUGACUCAUCAGAACAUAUUGUCUUUUUCUGACUGGUUCCUGUAUCCCAAAGCUGCCGGCGAAGCGGUCACGCGGAUUGGCAUGGUGACAUCACUGCUCCCGCACGGGAAUCUUUUCGACUAUAUCAAGAUCAGAGGAAAACUAGGAGAACUACUCGCUCGUCCUGUUGUCGCUCAACUCAUGGACGGACUGAUGUACAUGCACAGCCAGGGCGUCCUUCAUCGCCAAGUCGAGCCAGAGAACAUCCUCGUAUGCGAUGAGAGCUGCGGCCAGAUCCUUACAAUCAAGAUCAGCGGUUUCGGAUCUGCCCAGCGGUUUGCCAGCACAACCGACGGAGACGACCAGAAGUUGGUCGGAAAUGCACAAUGGGCACCACCCGAGCUCUUGAAGUCUAAAUAUAAUGAGCUUGGAGACACCUUUGGCGUGGGAGCUAUCAUGUUCUUCGUCCUCUGGGAGAAACCAUUUUACCGCGUCGAUGAUGAGAUGAGCCUUAAGGAACAGAUGCAGACGAGGCUCUCCAAUUACACGGCAAAGCGAAAGUUGCGGAUGGGCUCGCCCGCAUGCAAUCUCCUCGAUAAGCUGACAAAAGAGAACACAAGUGAGCGCCUGCGACUGCGCGAAGCCCGAUGCGACCCAUGGCUGGAGCGACGCCAGGUCCCUCCUCCAUUUUUGAAACCGUACUCUGCCGAUCAUUAUCUGGUUAGGGGUUUCAUUGACAGAAACGGGCUCCCUGAACCUGCGUUCAGACGGACAUUCAUGACCAAUGGGAAGUCCACCUACUAUAGCGACUCCGACAACGACUCCGACAACGACUCGGAUGCAGAGACCGACGCCGACGUCAACACGGAGCAGGACGACGAGUCUGGCCCGGAAACAACCUCUCAUGAAACGUCGAUUUCGGAUGCGUCUUCUUACGUAGCCACGGACGCGCGAUCGGACGCAGGUUCAGAAUCGUCUUCCAGCCUCGAGGAGGAAGAGGAUCGCCCCGAACUAGAAUGGUACUCGACCAAUUACGCCAGUGAUCUGCUCUUUCUCCCGGAUAACAAUCCAGUUUGGGACCCUGUGCCGCGCUCUCCGAAGACCACCAUCUACGCAAUCCCUGUAUCCGACGCUCCCGUAGGCGCCGCGUCGGGUGUCAUUGACCUCGAGUCGGAUGGAGGAGACGAUGACACGGACACGUUGGUCGGUUACGACGACCAUUCGUAUUCCAUGGACCUCACCACCGAGGAGGAUGAAGACCAAGAACCCCAGGUUGCCUCGCGCACGAGUCGCGCCUCUCGUUCGAAGCGUGGACGCGGUGGACGCGUCGGUGGCUCCCGCCGCGUCGGAAUAGCUGCAUCGUCCGACGGUCGUCAACGCGCCCGCACGUCGGCCAGGCUCCAGGCCGCCAAAGUCCGGGCAACCGAGCUGAAGAGGACCGAGCGGGUGGAGGCCAGGAAUGUUCAGAAGAUGGUGCACACCACGGAGAAGAAGCUGGCGAGGGCGGCGGCGAGCGCCAAGAGCCUCCUGAAGAACCUCGCGAAGCUGGACGCUAUGUGAGACAUCGCACGCGGGUCAGGCAAGUAGAAGGCUGUAAGAAUGGGGUCGACAAAGUCGACAUCGGUGCCUCUCUUAUAUCUCUUUUGAUUAUCAUAGCUACGCCUGCCGUACCAUAAGGACACUUACGCCAUGUAUGAUCCAACGAAUCGUUAUAUAAGCAAUGAUAUGCUCGUUUCCAUUGCC